AUGCACGCUGAUGUGACAAUGAAUCUGGUCACUCUGAUAUUCUUAACCAUUGUGCCGGUGUCUCUAGGAGCAAUGACAAGGAAAGGCAUUAUAGAUACACUUCUGAACAGUACUGAAUAUGAUCCCAGCAUUCCGCCACAUUUCGAGAAAGGCGGUCCAACAAAGGUCUACGUGCAGUUCUACGUCUCUAGGAUUGACACAAUUAAUGAAAUAUCCAUGACUUGGACAGAUCCUCGGCUGUCCUUUUCUCACCUAAGUAAUAUAACGAGGCUGGAGCUGGACCAGAGACGUAUGCACGAUGUCUGGGUUCCUGAUACCUACUUCCCGAAUGAGAAACGCGCGGAUAUUCACGCAGUGACCGUUCCAAAUAAACUCCUUCACAUCAGUAAAAACGGACAUGUAACAUACAGUGUCAGGUUAUCCUUAACGCUUUCCUGCAUCAUGAAUUUAAAAUCUUACCCUCUGGACGACCAGACUUGUUCCAUUCUCGUGGAAACCUAUGCCUAUUCCAAUGACAAUGUAUUGCUAAUGUGGGAAAAAGAUGACAAAGUCAUUUUAGGUGACAUCAUUACCGAAGAUCACACUCUGCCAAAGUUCUACUUUUACAAGCCUCUGGAAACUCGCUUGUGUACUACAGUAGUUGCUUAUGACACGGAAUUUUCAUGCCUCGAAGCCCACAUGUUCCUCCGGAGAGAUCUAGGUUACUACAUCCUACAAAUCUUCAUUCCCAGCAUGCUCGUGGUCAUGCUGUCUUGGAUAUCUUUCUGGAUUGGCGCAGAAGCGACCCCGGAGAGGCUCUCGCUCGGAAUCACGUGCCUGCUUACCAUGACAGUGCAGAAUUCCGCCUUGACAGAUUCUCUUCCGCCAGUCACCUACAUAAAGGCCAUCGACGUGUGGAUAACGGUUGGGACUGUGUUUGUACUUGCAGCAUUGUUAGAGUUUGUGUGUAUACACGUACACAUACUCUACCAUCACAGACAAGCCCAGGAGGAAGAUACGAAAGAGAAUCGGAAGGAGAAUCGAGAAGUAAAUCCAGACGUCAGUCUGGAGGAGGAUUGCGAAGUGAAUCUGGAAGAUAAUCGGGAGGUGAAUCUGGGAAAGAAGAAUCAAAAUGUAAAUCGAAACGGAAAUCCGGAAGUGACUGUAGAUAAAAAUCCGAAGGAGAAUCGGGAGGUAAGUUUGGAAGUAAAUCCAGACGAAAAUCGGGAAGUGACUGCGAAAGUAAAUCCGGAAGUAAAUAUGGAAGAAAAUCCUAAGGUACCUGUAGAAAUAAAUACAGAAGAAAAUCGGGAAGUAACCGUGGAAGUAAAUCCAGACGAAGAUCGUGAAGUAAAUGUAAAGAACCGUGAAGUAAUUGUGGAACUGAAUCCAGACGAAGUAACUUUAGAAGUAAAUCCAGACGAAGUAACCGUGGAAGGAAAUCCAGACGAAAAUCGGGAGGCAAUUGUGGAAGAGAAUGCGGAAGAGAAUCGGGAAGUGAAUUCCAGUAACUCGGAAUCACAUGAUAAAAAGAGCAAAGUUAAUUAUAAGUGGAGAGCUCGCCGUAUCGAUAAAAUAUCAAAAAUUAUAUUUCCUGUGUCCUACCUUGUCUUUAACAUUGUUUUCUGGAGUGUGUAUUCAUCAAAAUAA